UAUUUAUUACAAAAAACAAAAAAAAAAUUGGGUAAAUAACAUCUGACAAAAUCGUUUAAUUUCUAAUAACAGAACUCAAAUGUGCAUCCACUGCUGCCGCCUGCGUCACGCCCCCUGCCCGCCCAUACCGUACGCAUGUCCUCACUGUCCGGUGCAUGAGAUCGCCAGCGCUUGUUCUGUUCGAGGUCGAAAGCAGCCGGACGGCGAGCACAUGUGGUACUCGGAGGCGCGAAAGAGGGAAAGAUACAAAAAUCCUUGUGUAUGCCAUACGCUUCCACCGCGUUGGCUGGACAUCAAUCGCAAUGUCAUCUUUGAGCUGGCCCGCCGGUUGCAACAAUCCCCAGAGGCGACUCAUUAUAUGCUCUUGCGUCUGCUACACGCCAACUAUGGCAAAGUGAUGCGGAUUAUGAAAAGACGACGCAGCUACGAUGUGCCCUUGUCUAGCCAGGCUUUAUUUUUUUCUCCUUCUUCUCUGAUAGACGAGAACGGUAAUCUGUUUGAGCCCAUGCAUCCGGAAUCAGUGGAGAAAUUGCUCCGUCUAAUCCAGGACUAUUUGCAUCGCAUGCAAUUGCUAAAUCGCAAAUAUAAAUGGUUUAACAAUGGACUGGACAAGGGCGAUCUUAUGGGUCUGUUGGUUGCUUCGAGUGUUAAACGACUUGGAUCUGGAUAAGUUGUUUCAAAAAGGCAAAACACAACGAAGCGACACGAACUCCCUUAAGGGCAUUUCGGAU